CUGGCUUUCUCUAAACCCACAACCCACCUAGCUAGAUCUUUAGGUCGGCCUCGACGAAGACAACACUUCCGCUGAAGUCCACAUGGUACAGCGUCGUACCCACAAUCUCUCGUGCGAACAGAACACAUGUAAUGGGGUCCAACGAUAAUAACAUCAAUGAUGGCCAUCCUAGCACGAACAAGAACAGGGUUCAAAAGCGUGGCACAUUUGCCGAUCGGGCCAAUCGACUGCGUCAACGGUUGGGUCUGGAAGCCAAGAUGAUUCGAGAAUUCGAUCAGGUUGUCUUUUCCAAUACGCUACUUCAGCUGGAUGUGUGGCAAGUGUUGGACCAAGAGCGAGAUUUUGCCUGGAGCGUCUUUCAGAGUGCAGGGAUUGUCGAAGGCACUCUGGCGUUUGGGUUGACCUUUUUCGGUCUGAAUCGCUUGCCUCGUAUGGUGGCACGACGAGCCGCACGAAAGCAGUCGUCGUACCAAUUGGACAAAUUUCCCAAGGCGCCCACACAAUCUCCCUUUCAACAACCACAACACCAAUGGAACAAACAGCAAGUCAUUCAGUCCCGAAGACGCUUCCUGUUUUCUGCCAUGGAGCUUACGUUUGAUUUGGGCAUGAGCUUGGGAAUGGGUGCUGGAGUCGCCUUUAUAAGAUCCAAUCACAAACAGGCCGAGCAAGCAUUGCUACAAGUACCCAUGCAACCGGGUAGAUCGCUCAUUUCAGAUCAUUUAUGUGACAAUUUGCUGCAGGAAUAUCAACGUCAGUGGCUACUGCUGAACGAAGAAGCAGAUUCCAUGGACGACGACCACAAUGCUGCCGCACCUCCGAGUCGACGGGACAUUUUGAGAGAACCAACCCAUCGCAAUUUAAAAUUCUAUACCCAAUUGGCAGCCAAUUGUCGACAUCGAAUAGUCAUGGAAGAACAAAUCAGAGGCCAUCAGCCGACAAGAGCAGAUGGAGAGGAUCAGCAGUCUCCGGUCGAGAUACCUGAUACUGGAGUCAUUCCCAUGUCGGAAGAUCCUCUCGUAGCCUGGAUGCUGGAACUGGAAUUUGACCAUGUUCAUGAGCAGCAUACCGCCAACAAAAACCAUGCUACUGAGUAGCUUUCUGCCAGGCUUGCAUGCAAGUAACUGCCAAAUCUUACGUGGGGGAAGUCCUGUUCUCAUCAUUGUAUGUGACCGUCGGACAAAUGAAUGCAUGCCUAACGGCAGCUAGCUAGAAAGUGGUACUGUACUUACGCAUUCCUCAUUCUAUUUCAUGGAGUGGCUUGUGUACCUGGUAGUACCGGAAGGAAAGAUAGCGCACAGAGCAGGCUGCCAAUACCUUCGAGGGGAAGUCCUCAGGGAAACGAUUUCUUGAUCCCAAGCCCUCGCAUCGGAAGUACCAUUGAGACAACGCUACACAACUCAUUGUCGUUGUCGGCCUGUUACACUCAUCACCCUCAAAUGGAAAUGUCUUUCCAUGUCGACAUUUCCCGUCCACUCACUGGCCCUGCUUUGGCGGAGGGAUACCCGAUCCCGUGGACAGCCAGCCAUUCUGCGUGUUUCCGGGCGCCCGUACUCUUAAUUUUAAGAAUCUAGAUUACCAUUCUCAGCAGGG